AUGGGAUUAACAUUAACCAGCGACGAAGACAACGACAGUCCUAUGAAUGCAGGAUCUUCAAAUUUGACUCCGAAGAAGAAAAGAUUGCAACGAGGUGGUGAUGCACUGAAAUCGGAGAAGCAGGGUCAUCGUGAUCAAAAAUUUAGAUCCGAAUGGUGCUUAAACUCUAAGUUUAAAUAUUGGCUAAAACCAGUUAUUGACGAUGUUUUUCGAGCUAAAUGUUCAAUAUGUAAUAAAGAUUUUAGAGCUGAUAUAUCUGUUAUAAAAAACCAUGCAAAUGGAUCUAAGCAUAAACUUAUGAUUAGUAAUGCGAAACCUAAAACUCAAAACUCUUUACAAACGUUUAUUGAUAAAUCUCGAGUGGAUCCGUUGGGUGACAAAGUAAAAGAUGCAGAAUUACUAUUGUCCAGUUAUGUAGCAGCUCACGAUAUGCCUUUUGCCAGUAUGGAUCACCUAACUCCAGUUUUGGCCCGUUGCUUCCCGGAUUCUAAAAUAGCGCAAACACUUUCGUUAAAGCGUACUAAAACAAAGUGUAUCGUCAAGAAUGUUAUUGGUGUCCACGAAAAAGAAAAUCUUACUAAAAAACUUCAAUGUACUAAAUUUUCUAUUCUAAUGGAUGAAUCUACAGACAUUUCUAGUGUAAAAACCGCUUGUAUAAUGGUUCGGUUUUAUGACGAAGAAAGCUCUGGCAUUGUUAGUAAUUUCUGGGAACUUUGCCAAAUUUUUAGUCAACAUGAUGUUCAAGGAGCCGAAGAAGGAGCUACUGCUGAACGAUUAUUUAAUGUGGUAAUUAAAACAUUCCAGAAAAGAAAUAUAAAUAUAGAAAAUAUUGUUGGUUUUGGAUCUGAUGGUUGCAGUACCAUGAUGGGUAAACAUAACUCUGUAGCCUCGCGGUUUUUAGUUUUAUGUCCAAAUAUUUUCAUAAUGAAAUGUAUUUGCCACUCCUUGCACUUAUGUGCAAGUGAAGCUUGUAAGCAGUUACCACGAAAGACUGAAGACCUUGCUCGUGACAUUCAUAACUUUAUGAAAAGUAGUUCAAAAAGACAAGCACAACUAGCCCAAUUUCAAAAAUUUCUUGAUCUUGAUGUCCACAAAAUAUUGCAUCCUAGUCAAACUCGUUGGCUAUCUCUUAUCGCUGUUGUUGAACGUAUUGUGGAGCAGUGGGAUGCGUUAAGACUUUUCUUUGAUGAUAAAUGGCUUAGUGAACAUUUGAGAGCAGCUGAGCAUAUACAUCUAGGAUUAAAUGAUUGUUACAUUAAAGCAUACUUCUUGUUUCUCCUAUGGAUUCUACCAAAAUUUACUGAAAUGAAUGAAUAUUUCCAAUCAUCUAAAGUUGUGGUUAUUUAUUUACAUAAAAAAAUGUCAACGGCCUUCAAAGAUUUGUUAUUAAUCUACAUGACUAGAGAUUAUGUAUGUAAAACUGAAUUAGGAGAUAUAAAUCCAUUAGAAAAAAAAUAUUUUCUUCCAUUAAAACAGGUUUGUAAAUGA